ACCCACCUUCCUUCCUUCCCUCCCUGUUCUGUUCUUUUUUCUCUCUCUCUCUCUCUCUAACUGAUUUUUGUACACAUCUGCAAGAGCCCCCGCUCUUUCAAUCUUUUCUCUCCGUCUCAUUCAGUUGUAUUUCUCUGUCAUCUUCAGAACCGAUCGAUCACAUUGAUCAGUCACAAUGAAGGCCAAUAUCACCCUGGCGCUGAGCAUGCUCUCUCUGGUCUUCUUGAUCUUCGUCCAUGAAGCCACGCCUGCCUCAAAUGUAACUUCCAACGAGAACACACAAACUGAAAAGACGAGCACGAGAGGUGGACUUUUAAAUGAUACCAGGAACUCCACUGACCAAUCCACACCUGAGAAGCAUGACAGAGGAAUGCAUGGUAAUCAUUCUGGCAUGACAAUAGCCCCCCCGAAUGGUACACCCACAUCCACAGAGAAUCAGACAUCUGCAACAUCAGGAAACACAACCCAGCAGACUGAAAAGACCACACCCCCCCCACUCACUAAACAGACAAUCCCUACGUCUCUUUCCAAGACCUCCCCCAGCACCUCAACCACUCCAUCCCGUAAUAAACCCUCACCUGCUCCGUUAAAUACGGGGUUCAUCGUGGUCCUGGUCAUCAUUCUUCUCCUAGCGAUUACCGUGCUGUGCUUCUACAAGUGGAACAGCCGCCACUCAGGCCAGGAUGGCUCCGCCCCUCGGCUGUUAUUGGGCGUCAGGGAGCGCAUGAGGGGCAGGGUUAGAAGCCUGGAGGAUUGGCUGGGGCUCAGCCUCUGGCCCGGGAAGAGAGUGGCGGAGGGGGACGAGGAGGAGGGAGAGGGGGGGAAGAGUGGAGAUGGAGAGGCUGCUGCAGGAGCGAGAGGGGGACAGGAUGAAGGAGAUUCCUCAGACGACUACUCCAGUUUAGACGGGAUUGACCUAAGCGAGAGAGCCAAGAACCUAGAGGAUGAUGAGAAGAAGGAGGCGUUGAAGAGGAAGAGUGGGAGCGAGGGAGGCCAGUAUAACAUGAAAGGAGAGAGGACUGAUGGAAGGAAGGAGAGUGGUGAAGAAGAGCGAACAGGGGAAAACUCCGGUGAGGGAGAUACUUGUGACCUCACAGCACUGUAAGGAAAGAGGGAGGAAGGGGUUAAGAGUGGGAUAAAAUAACAUUUUUGAAGAUGUUAAUUUUGUGACUCAAUUCACUCUUCCUAUGGAGUAUAUUUUUCAUUUAAGCGUGUCAAUGUUAAUUUCAGCCAAAUAUAGUUCUCUUUGGUAAUCCCUGUUACAUUUGUGUUUUAAUAAACUGACUAAUAGAU